AUGUCAGGCCGAGGCAAGCAGGGAGGGAAAGCGAGGGCCAAGGCAAAGUCUCGCUCCUUGCGGGCUGGGCUGCAGUUACCGGUGGGUCGAGUGCACCGGCUGCUCCGCAAAGGUAAUUAUGCUGAGCUGGUGGGGGCUGGAGCUCUGGUCUAUAUGGCCGCAGUGCUGGAGUAUCUGACCGCUGAGAUUCUCGAGUUAGCCGGCAGCGCUGCUCGGGACAACAAGAAAACCAGGUUCAUCCCUCGUCACCUGCAACUCGCCAUCCAUAAUGACGAGGAGCUCAAUAAACUCCUGGGGAAAGUGACAAUCGCUCAGGGAGGUGUCCUGCCCAGCAUCCAGGCUGUGCUGCUGCCCAAGAAAAUGGAGAGCCACAAGGCCAAGAGCAAGUGA